GCCACCCUUGCUCCCACUGCAAUUUCCUGAGCAGAGGAGCACUCAGAAACCCAGAGCCCAUAUAGGUAUAUAUAUAUUUUUUUCCAACUAUUUCCAACUGUGCGACCAAGUUCUGAACGCGGUGCUCCCCCCCACGGCCACACGAGGGCAGACCGCAACCUGUCCCUGCGCCGCAGCGCAUCCAUCCGCGCACACAGCGCACACAGCGCACACAGCGCACACAGCGCACACAGCGCGCAGGGAGCGCGACGCGACCCCGGAUCGCAAACCAGAGAAGGAAGAGAAAAGCUUGCAGAUCGUGGUGGUACUGACAACCCCUCCGCUGGCUGUAGGGAAUUUUCUCAGGGAAUGCAGUCAGAGGCCAUUGGAAGCAGACUCCGGAAUUUCAGCCAUCAACCAGUGCCCACUUUUGGGAAAUAUUCCACUGUGCUGUGGAUCCUUACACCAACGACUGAGCAGCGUCCCACCCACAUUUGUCCAAGUGGAGUGGUGUCAUGCAGCAAACAAACAUAAGUUGGUGGAUGUAGAGUAGGCUGCAGUAUAUAAGGAGCGUGAAAAGAUGAUCCUGAAAUGUUCAUUCAGCGUAGCGCAGAGGAUUUACCCAUUGGCCUAAAUCCAACCUUACUUGCUAGCACAUAAAACUCUGGGUCUGCACACACGAUUUGACACUGUUUGUUGACAUAAUGAUUUCUUGGGAAGUAAUGUGGAGAAAGAAGUGAACAGACCCACCCUCGUGGAGCUCCUUCCAAGCUGCCUCUGUGUGUAUCAGCACAGCUGUAUUUGCUGGCAUUAAAGAAAGUGAUCUUCUGGGGGGCACAGCAGGGCGCAGUGCAGCUCACCUACUCCUCAAUCAGUCACAACAUUUCCCAGUAUUCACUCAUUCAUUGCUAACUUGAGGUUGCAGAUUCAUUUGUAGUUCUGCUGCCAGCUCCUUUCCCGGACAAGUAAUCUGCAGUGAGCACAAGAAGAGAGCGAUAUGUAAUACAGCCCAGUUGUUAGCUUGGAAAGUUACAGAAUGGAGAGGGGUUUCUGCUUCACCAAAGCCAGAGGAAUCGUGAUGAGAAUCGCCACUAAAGAAACCCAUUUUGCUCUGCUGCUUCAGUUUGCUGCUUACCUGGUAAAGACCAACAUCCCGCUUUUGGGGCCAGGAGUGUAAGGAAGUGGCUUGCUACAUACGGAGAAGUAUGAAAUGACUCUGCUCUGCAUGUGUAUUCCUGGUUUGCAUUCUCAUCUCCACGAGCAGAUGAUCAUCAGACAUUUUCAACCUCAUUUUUUACAAACUUGGAGCCUGACUAACAGCAGUAUUGGGAAUUUGGACCUCUGGUGUCAACGAGCUGAUCCGGCAGAAAGCUGCACCGCCAAGAAGUGACUCGGUGCCCAGUGUCCCUGUGGCUGCACACCAUGGGGCCAUUUGGUGGCAGCCCGAAGUUCUCAUUACCCAGUGCCUGAAAUCACAACCUGAGGAUGUGGGUUUUUGAUGGGCUUGUCUGGUUGUAGCUGUGGGCUGUAGUGGGGAAGGGUGGCCCCAUCGCCCCCCGUGGAUCUGCUCAGAGCUCUCUGUCCCAUCCCUCCCCUGUCCCUCCUGCUCUGAUGUGGGGGUUAUGGAUAUGUUGCAAAGUUGUGCUGCUCUCCACUAACCAUCGCUUUCUUGCUCGUUGCUGUUGCUGAGCCUGCUCUUCCCCUUCCUCCUAUCAGGUUUAAUUAGAAAAUUCUACACCCCACAGCUUGGUUUUGUGAGGGAUGCCAAAGACGUCACCGAGAAAAGCCAAAUGCGAUGACCAGCAAACUUUAUUAAUGAGUAAAAGACUAACGAUCUUUCUAAUUAGCAGUUAUUCCUGUGCAAGAGGAAGGUGCAGUGAGACAUGCAGCAAAAGCAUGCUGUCAGGGCUGCAACUGACCCCUGAAACUGCCUCUGAUGGAGCAGCAGCUGCUUCUUGUGCAGGGUUGUGCUUUGUGUCAUCCAGGCAAAUAAUGACCAUAGUGAGCCAGGUCCAAGGAAUGAGCCUUUGGUCCUUCACUUGGGUCACAACAGCCCCAUGCAUUGAUAUGGGCUUGGGGCAGUGUUUGAAAGCUGCGCAGAGGAGAAGGAUCUGGAGGUGUUAGCUGGCACCUGGCUGAACACAAGCCAGCAGUGUGCUCAAGUGGCCAAGGAGGCCAGUGGCAUCCUGGCUUGUAUCAGAAAUAGUGCAGCCAGCAGCAGCAGGAGGUGAUCAUCCCAUCCUCAAAACUGUUCCCAGGUAAUGAUGAAAGGACGAGGGUGACAGCCUCAAGUUGUGCCAGGAGAGGUCCAGAUUUGAUAUUUGGAAAAACUUCUCAGGAAGAGUGCUGGUGCAUUGGCACAGGCUGCCCAGGGAGGGGAUGGAGUCACUGCCCCUGGAGCUGCUCAAGGUGCAGCUGUUACGUGGUGCAGGAUUGCCCCAAAGCUUCAUGGCUUCAUCUCAGCCCUCAGCCAGAGACGUGCUGUCUGUCAGGGUCCAGAUUUUGGUGGCCUCACUGAGCUCAAGGCUCGUAAUUUCCAGCAGCUGCUGGUGGGGCCAAUUAUCUAGCUGGGCUUCUCAUCCCUCACGUGGAAUUUGCAAGCUCUGCACAUUGGUAUGGCUGGAACCUGGGGAUGGGGGACGGCUGUUAAUUAGCUGCUGUCCUGCCUGGGCCAUGGAGGCCAGCAGAGCCUGGCCAAGUCCCACUGGGCAUGAGCAGAGCCCCACAAUCAGAUAGGGUGGCUUGUGCUUGAGGAAAGGACCUGCACGGAGCAGCAGAUUUUUCCUCUAGAUUGCUGGGUAGCAAGGCGGAAACAAGCCACAGCGCUGGUCUGGCACCUCCCAAUGCUUGGGAGCAUUUGCUCCUCCCUUGGCAGCUUGCUCGGUGCCCCCCACCCCUUUGCCAUGUAUAUAAGGCCCCUCAGAGCCCUGCCUCUACACAUCCACUCCAGCGAGGCACACAGCAAGCUGCUCCUCCAGCUCCAGCACCUCCGUCUUGGUGAGAGUGAACCAGAAGGCCGUCAGCAUGGACCGAUGCAGAGUUCAGUGCUACCAGUACCCCAGCUGCCCGGAUGUUGUGAAACCCAAGUGCUACCAGGCAUGCUCUGAAGCUCCUAGAGAGGAGGUUGCAUACGUGACAUGUACUUACCGAGAAACAGGCAUUGACCAGCCUGACUUCCUGGCCACCAUUGAUCUCAACCCCCGGUCUCCAUAUUACUGCCAGGUGAUCCACCGCCUGCCCAUGCCCAACCUGGGGGAUGAGCUGCACCACUCGGGCUGGAACACCUGCAGCAGCUGCUUUGGGGACACCACCAAGAAGAGGAACCGCCUGAUCCUCCCCAGCCUGAUCUCCUCCCGCAUCUAUGUGGUAGAUGUGGGAACUGACCCACGAGCUCCCAGGCUCUUCAAGGUCAUCAAUCCGGAGGACGUCUUCUGGCAGUGCGACCUGGGCUACCCGCACACCUCCCAUUGCCUGGGCAGCGGCGAGGUGAUGAUCAGCACGCUGGGAGACCCGGCCGGCAACGGGAAAGGUGGCUUUAUUCUGUUGGAUGCAGAGACCUUUGAGAUCAAGGGGAACUGGGAGAAGGGCGACAAAAACCCACCGAUGGGUUACGACUUCUGGUACCAACCGCGCCACAAUGUCCUGAUCAGCACGGAGUGGGGAAUCCCAAAGUGCCUGGGAUAUGGGUUUAACCCAAAUGACCUGAAGAAAGGGCGCUACGGCCGCCGCCUCAAUGUGUGGGACUGGACGACCCACACCUACGUGCAGGCCAUCGACGUGGGCGAGGACGCGGCGCCGCUGGAGAUUCGCUUCCUGCACAAUCCCGAUGCAGCCGAGGGCUUCGUGGGCUGCACCAUCAGCAGCGCCAUCCACCGCUUCUACAAGACCGAGUGUGGUGACUGGGCAGCCGAGAAGGUGAUCCAGGUCCCCAGCAAGAAGGUGGAGGGCUGGCUGCUCCCGGACAUGCCAGGCUUCAUCACCGACAUCCUCAUCUCGCUGGACGACAGGUUCCUCUACUUCAGCAAUUGGCUGCACGGCGAUGUCCGCCAGUACGACAUCUCCGACACCCACAGGCCCAGGCUGGUGGGACAGGUCUUUGUGGGGGGCAGCAUCUCCAAAGGAGGGCCUGUGGUCGUGCUCAGAGAUGAGGAGCUGCAGAGCCAACCGGAGCCCUUUGUCAUCCAGGGCAAGAAGGUGCCGGGCGGCCCCCAGAUGAUCCAGCUCAGCCUGGACGGGAAGCGGCUCUACGUCACCACGUCGCUGUACAGCGCCUGGGACCGGCAGUUCUACCCCGACCUCAUCAGGGAAGGCUCCGUCAUGCUGCAGAUCGACGUGGACACAGAGAAGGGCGGCUUGACCGUCAACCACGACUUCCUGGUGGAUUUCGGGAAGGAGCCGGGCGGGCCCUGCAUGGCGCACGAGAUGCGCUACCCCGGCGGGGACUGCACCUCUGACAUUUGGGUUUAGGGCCACCCGCCGCCACCUCCUGCUGGUGGGCGCUGCCCCACAUCGCAGCUUUGCCAUCAGCCAAACUCCUGCAGCCGUACCAGUGCUGAGGGCACAGCGGGACGGUGAAACUGGAGCUCCACCCAAAAAGCUUCCUGCGCCCCACACUGCGCGCCCCAUAUCCUGCAUCCCAUAUCCCAUACCCCACAUCUCUCCUCCUGCAUCCAGCACCCCUCACCUCGCAUCCCACAGCCCACAGCUCACAUCCCAUACCCCACAUUCCCCUACCUUGCAUCUUGCACCCUACACCCUGCUCCCCGUAUCCCAUACCCCGCACCCCACAUCCCACAUCUGCAUCCCAGCCCACUCCUGGAGCCCUGCAGCCCCCAAGUUCCUCCCAUGCCAAAAAUCACACUGCACAGCUGUGUGGGAGAGGGUGCAGUGAUCAGCCCCGAGCACCCCACAGCUGGGCCCCGCAAUAAAGCAGAGACCUCUGCACCACC